CAGGCGCGACACGCGGCCCCGGGAGCGCGGAGACUGGGAAGGCCGCCCAGGUGACGGCUGGUUUCGCGCCGCCGCGAGGCGCUGAGCCGCCCGGGCCUCCCGGCCGUCCGCGCGCCGCGUCGCCAGUGAGCAGAGCCCCCGCUCGGACGAUGCCCGGCGUCGCUGGCCGCCCGCUGUUUCGCUGCAGGAGCGGAUGGUCGUGGGGGCGCUCGGAUAUUCCUGUGUCAUUUUUCAUGUAUGGACUGAGUCCUGAUCAUAACCGUAUGAUGGUACAUUCCAUUGAAGAGUGGCCACCAGCAAAAUGGAAAUGAAAGAGAUUGCUAAAUAUAAGACGCUAUGGAAAAUGAACUCAACUACUGAACCUUUAUUUGUUACUGGUAUAGAUGUCAAUCCUUUGAAAAAAUUCACCAUUCCCAAGAUCAGGAGGACAGCUGGGAAAGUUUACUUGUCACCUUGUUGCACCAAUACUAGAGAGUAUAGUUUCAUACACGAUACUCUUAAUCAGUGCCGGCUUGAUGUAAGCUGUGAUCUACAGUCUUCAUGGCAGUUUGGAGAUACAAAACUGAUUCACAAUGAGGAGCUGGAAAAAAAUUUUACUUCUAAGAGGUCAGAGAUGCGUGGGAGUGGAAGACACGGCAGAGAACUUGAAGAACAUUUCUGCUUUUUAGCACUUCCUCAGAGUGAUGUGGCUGAGAUAUAUCAGAAUGGAAUAAGUACCAAAACAUCUACAUUGAAGAUACUAGGCAACCCUCUUCUUGGAAUUUAUAUAUUUAGACAUGUUGAUGUGGCCUUGAAUUUUGCUCAUAGUAGAAGCAUUACUGUAGAAAGUAUUACAGUUUUUAAGGUUCUUUUUGGAAAAGUGAAGAAAAUUCAGCCUUCAAUGGAUAAAAACAAAGUUUCUUUGGAUCCUUCUCCUAACUUUGACUGCCAUAUGUCAAGAAGUAUACCCUCUUUGAAAGAUACCAUUGAACUACAAGCCUACAGUUCAGCAGUAUACCUCUAUGAAUAUGAUGAUCUUUCAAAGCCAGUAGAUAAACCUAGGCAGUGUCUUCCAUAUGCAAUAGUAACAGUAAAAUUUAUUGGUCAAAAAGUAGAUAAUGGACACCUUAUGACAUCUUUGAGAUUCCUCUCAACAGGAGUUCCUAAGAGGGCUGAAAGAACAUGGUCUCUGAAAAACUGUACAGUGGCCAAAAGAAUUGGAAAAGGAAAAGAUGCUGCUGUCACCUUUGAGCAUUUCGGGAAACCUAUAGAUCCAUUUGUUCAGGAAAACUGUUCAUGCAGUGCACUAAAUUCAGAGAUAAAUCCUUACAACUCAAAUAUUUCUAACUCCUAUGGAAAUGUGCAAAAUGAAAACAUUUCUGUGCUUGAAGCAUACAGGGGACAGAUGGAGCACAAUUCAGCAGAAUGUAGAGACACUUCUCAAGUACAUGCAUAUGAUUCAGGUCUUUCAUUUAUUCCCAGUGAUACCAGAGAAAGUGUUAAUAAUGGUGACCUCUUAAAUUUGACACAUCUUAAAGACGUUUUAAGUGAUUUGGCUGCUGCUUUUCCCCUUCAUAACAAUAUUGGCUCAAGCACAGUUAUUACUUCGAAACUCAUCAAAGACCCAAGACUGAUGAAGAGAGAAGAAAGCAUGGGAAAACAUAAUACUAUUACAGGUUUAAAUGAGAUUUUGCCAUUUGAGAAGAGUUUAGAUUUUGCUAAUUCAGAAAUAAACCUAUCAUCUAUGCCAACUAAUCCUGCCUCGUCAUCUGAAGUUAUGCCUGGUGAUCAGACUGUUCUUACUAAUUACUUGGAUGCCCCUUGCUUCAAAAUUUCUUUGAAUGAUUCACAAACCCAGGCUCACAACAUGGGCUCUAAGACCUAUGAUUGUACAGCUCCCAAUAAAAUUACCAUGGCAGAACAGUGUAAGAGCCAGGAUAAUUUUUCCUUCCCAAUGUGUGUGCCAAAUGUAGUCUCAGAAGUUGAAACCCAAAAACACAGUGGAGAAAAAGCUCAGAGAUCCCAGCAGAGAAGCAACAUUCCACUUUUAAUUGAACAAAAUAGUGAGCCACAUGACUCUUACGAAUCAGUGAAUACUUGUACAAAAGGGUGUAAUAGUCACAUCUCUCCAGAAUCACAGUCUUCUAAUUUUAAAACUGUAUAUCAGACUGGUCACCAAAUGCCUACACUUUUUCCACUCCAAAGCAAAGAAAGCAUACAUGAGUACAUUCAAGAUAUUGGAAAGAUGAGAAACUUCACUGGGCCAGAAGACAAUUCCAAACAUGAAGAAAAGCAAAAUUUAUGCAGAGAAGUUGAUAAUUCUUUUACUAAUAAAACAAAAAUCAGUCCAGUAGAUAGUUAUAUUUCUUUGCAUCAAGAGUACAAAGAGAAUGAGAAUCUUCAUUAUUUGGUGGAAAAUUGUGAUCAAAUAUUAAUUACUCAAGGGUUAGAAAAGCCAAAAUCUUUCUCAUCUACCACAGAGGAGAAGUAUGAGCUAGAUCAUCUAGUAUUGGGAAUACAAAAUCAUCUUACUCCAAGACUGGAGAACCUUCCACAAAAGCAUCCUCAGCACUCUUUAGAGUACAAAGAUAACAUUGAUACAAGUUUUACCAUUUCUCAAAAACUAAUGGAACUGAAAUUGGAAAAACCAGGUCAAAACUGUGUUAGUGUUAUAACUGAUGCUUUCCAGGAAGCAAAAGACAUUCUCCAGGCCAAACAACUGCCGGCUGUUACUUCAUCUCAUGACAUUAAAACAGCUCAUAAUGCAAAUUGCAGCAUAGCUAGAGAACAUAUAUGUGUUAAAAGGAGAAAUGGAAAUGAUCCAGUGUCCUUAGAGAACAGUGAAAGAGACUGCAAAGAAAAUUCUCAAGUUAACAAUAAAGGUCAAGAUCACACUCAGUUCUGUAAUUCACAGUUGAACAGUGAUGUGCACCCGAAUAUUGAUUGCAGAGAACAGAGAGAUAAUGAUAAGGAAAACCAGAAUGAGGCUGAAGUGGAAGACAUUGCUUUGUCUACAGAAAACAACGUAAGGAAUAUACAUGGAGAUGAGAAGCAGAGUUUUCAUGCAAACAAAAAUUUUACCACUGUAGAUGAAAGGAGGGAGAAUAAAGAUUGCAAUAGCAUAGAAAUUCUGAGUUCUGAAGAAUUUUCUACUACAUUUAAUUUGACUUGGGGAAAAAAAUAUGUGUCCACAGAAUCUACAUUAUUAGAAAAUGAAGAUAUCGUAACUGCCAUAAAAGAAAAAGAUAUUCAAAAUACUGGAAGGACUGUAGAGCAUUUGGUUUCCACAACAUUUCCCAAAAUUGCAGGUUCUUCAGGGCAUAUAGCCUCACAUGCUGCAGUUCAGAUAGCAGAUGCUCCAGUGCCUGCGUUAGGCACAAAUCUCGAAGAUCACCUAAGAUACCAGUUUAAAGAAACUUGUUCUUCUGAGAGUCCAGAUUUUGGUUUGUUAGUAAAAUAUAGGGUUUCUGAUUGUGAAACAGAUAUGGAUAAAAAUCAAUUACACAACUCAUUUCAUCAGUCAGUAAGUGACAACUCAGUUCUUCAAAGCGUCAAAUUGGAUAAUGAGAUUGAAGUAGGAUCAGAACGGAGUGACAAUGCUUUUCUAUUUCAACAGGACGCUCAUAGCCGUGGAAAUGUACUCUAUGAAGACUUCGGGGCCUCAUAUGAGGCUCUGAAGUCUCGCAUUGAUUGGGAAGGUCUGUUAGGAAGCACUAAUGGGGAGACAGAAGUUUUGAAAAGCACCACAAGGAGGGAGAAUAGCAAUCAGCAUUGCUCUGAGGAAAGUAGUUUUUAUUUCUCUACAGCAAAAAACAAAGCAGAGCUCUUCAACCCAAUUUUACUUCCUGAUCUAGAAGUUAGGAUUACUAAUGUAUUUAUGCAAGGAUUCAGUCCUGCUGUUGAACCCCUUGCAUUGAAAGAUAAUUUCUGCAAAUACAGAACUGAAACCAUAACAUCAGAAAUAAAGGAGGAGGAGGAAGAAGUUCCACGAUUUGAAAUUCAUUCCCAGUGUUCUGGUGAAAAUUCACAUCAUCCAUCUGAAGGUGAAUUUGGUAAUGUAAGGCAAGGAUCAGGACUAGUGAGUAAAUCUGAAACCUCACUUUGUUUUGACUUGAGUCAUAAUACACACGUGAAUCAUGUGUCUGAAAAGCAAAACAAGGGACCUUUGCUUACUGAACCUUCUAAUGUCACAACAGUAAAUAACGAAAGCAGGCGUUCCUUUACAAAGUCAAAAACCGAUUGUAAUGAUGCUAGAAGUAAAAAGGACACAGAAUCAAGAAUUAGCAAAAGAAAGCCACAUACACCUUUUAGGGACCAGAAUAUACCGCGUAAAGAUUUAAGACGUCACGAAAUUUGUGGGAAGAGGAGGAGGCUAACCAGUCAGGACUCGUCGGAAUGUUUUUCUUCAUUAUCCCAAGGACGAAUUGAAACCUUUUCACGGUCAGAAAAACACAUUAGGAGUGUCCUGGAUAUUCUAACUAGAGAAGCAUCUUUAUGCAAAAGCAGAUGUCUUUCCAGAAAACUUGACAGAGCUGUUCUUCACUUAAAAAAAGCUCAUAGAAGAGUUCACACGUCUUUGCAGCUUAUAGCUAAAGUGGGAGAAAAAAGAAAGGGCCCUUUACCAAAAGCAUAUGCAGUAAUAUGCAAUAAUUUCUGGGAAAGUUGUGACCUUCAAGGUUAUAGUUCUGUGUCUGAAAGAAGAUAUCAUUCCACUAAGCAAUUUUUGUCAAAAAGAAAAUACAACAAACCUGGAAAGAACAGGGCUUUGGGAUUUGAAGUUGAUAAAUCAUUAACUCAUGUAUCAAACCACAAGUCUUAUAAAACAAGUGGAGAGAGAGUCACAAAUUGCCUUUCUAAGAAAAAUGUGUCCGGUGUCUCCAGAAGUCCCACCACUAUUCGCGUGAGAGGAUAUUGUGAUCGAGAGUAUCUUGAAUCGCAGUUAGCCCUCUGUUCCACGUCCCAAAGUGCAAGUCAGUCAGCUUAUAGCACUAGCAGUUUGAGAAAUCCCAGAUCAUCAGAACUUCAGCCCUUUUCUAGAAAAACUGAGUGUCUCUCUUCCCCAGACUGCCCAGAUGAGAAACUAACUAAAAAAGAAAAUCAAAUCGAUGCAGAGUUUUUAUCUAACGUUAGUAAAUAUGAAAAGCUUAAGAACCAUUCAGCACAUGGUAAUAUUAAGGGUACAACAAAAGAAAACAAUUCUGAAGCUAAUGAAGUAAUAAGUAAAAGGAAUUCGGUAUCUUUAACUUGCAUAAAAGAAAGCAACGUAAAUUUUAACGUGGACAAAAAUUAUGAUGCAACUUGUAUAGCCCACACAAAGGUGAAAACUGAUAUAGUUAUUUCAGUCUUAGAAUCAAGUGUGACGCAUGUUUUUAACAUUGAUAUCGACAAGCCAAAUAACCUUAUUUUAUCUGGUUAUACAAGAAACCUGGAAGUAAAUUUUCCUAUAGAAAAAUGGGCACCUCCUAAUGAGAGCUCCAAACCAGGCAUUAUAACAGAAAACUUCCUUAUGGACCCAUUAAAUCUAACUCUGAUAAAAAGCAAAAAGUGUAACAGUAUUCCUCAAUUGUUAUCAGCCACUCUAGUGACAGACAGUGAGGGAGAAUCUUCACAAUCUUACCUGAAUAAACAGAGCACUUCUGCUGUAGAUUCUUCAACAGUGUCUACCAUUGUACCACACUGUCAACGAGGAUGUGCUGGAAAGGAGCUGCUAAAGACAGAACAUUGCUCUUCAAGUAAUUGCUUCCACAUAGACGGGAAUGGAACAAAUGUUAUUGAGAAUUCUCAGUUGGAUUUCACAUCAGUAACUGAAGAAAGUACGGACAAUAUGAUGAAGAAACUAUUUUCCAAUGAUAGUUUUUUGCUCUUAAAAGAUAACAUAAAGGGUUCUUCUUCCCCAAAAUGUAUUGCAAAGAAAGACAUUCAGGACAGAAAAAUGUGGAAAGAUAAACAAGCAGAGAAAGCAAAAGAUUCAUUUCACAAAAACGUGACUGAAGGAUCAAGUGUUAAGACUGAGUACAAAAAUCAAAAGAAUAAGACAUUAGAAGAAUCCUCCUACUUAAGUGAGAAAACAGUUAAAAACAACUUGAUUGAUUCUCAUUUAAGCAUUAAAGAUGCUACUGAGGCAGUCUCUUUGAGUAACACUGCUUCUAAUCAGCUUAACAAAAGAGAGAAAGAGGAGGGAAAAGUUAGUCAUGACUCUCAGUCUGACUCCACAGUGCACUCAGGAAGAGCCUGUAAUUCCAAACCAGGCAUUACAGGAAUGAAUCAUAUGCCUCUUCUACAUGCCCACUCUGAAACCUCCAGCGUCUCUCCUCCUCCGAAGAUGCCUACAUCAUACAUGAAUGAAUUAAAAGAAGAACAUUGCUCAACUAAUAAUUUGGCUCCUAUAGCUAAGAUAGCUCAAAUUUUGAAGAGGGCAGAUGAAGCAUCAUCUUUGCAGAUUCUACAGGAAGAAACUAAAGUUUGUCAAAGUAUUCUCCCUUUAUUUGUUGAAGCUUUUGAAAGAAAACAAGAAUGUUCAUUUAAACAAAUCUUGAUUUCAAGAGACCUGUUGGUAGACCAAAACCUGUGGAAUAACUGCAGACACAAAUUAAAACCGUGUGCUGUUGACUCCUUGGUAGAACUCCAAAUGAUGAUGGAAACUAUUCAGUUCAUUGAAAACAAAACAAGGCUCUUAGGAGGUGAGCCAACAUUCCGAAGCUUGCUUUGGUAUGAUGAGACAUUGUACAGUGAGCUGCUUGGCAGACCACGUGGGUUUCAACAACAAUCCAGUUUCUAUCCUGCUUUUCAAGGCAGGUUAAAAUAUCAUGCAUUCUGUGAGUUGCAAAACUAUCAUGAUCAGUUGGUUGAAGUGUUUGAAGAAACCAAAAGGGAAAACAGUUCAUACUACACGUUCUUAAAAUACAAACGACAGAUUAAUGAGUGUGAGGCAAUAAUGAAACAUUGUUCUGAUUGCUUUGACUUUUCUCUUUCUGUUCCAUUUACCUGUGGAGUUAACUUUGGAGAUAGUUUAGGAGACCUAGAAUCCUUGAGAAAAAGUACAUUAAAUCUGAUCAGUAUGUAUGGGGACUCUCCCCAAAAUGAUUCCUGUCCAGGGAAACAAGACCAUCUAUGGAUUAUUAUAGAAAUGAUCUCCUCAAAAGUUAAUUUUAUCAAGAGCAAUGAGGCAGUAAGUAUUAAAAUAUCUCUUUAUGGUCUGGAACAUAUCUUUUUUGAUGCUGCAAAAAGUCUCGUUUGGAAAGAAAAGAGAGAGUCUUUCUGCAAAAAAUACUCAGGAAAGAACAGCAAAGAAAUACUACUCAAAAUGAAUCAACAUGCUUUUUCUAAGUUGCAGAAGAUAUGUGAUACGUUGUCUAAAGAUUUAAGCAGUGAACGCAUUUCCAGUACUGGGCUUGAGAAUACUAUGAUUGCUUCCAGAAAGUCAAAUGCUCUAGUAAACAAAGCAACAAUUAGCAUAGAAAACUCUAGGUUUAACAGUACUUUGCUUUCACAUCCAGAUAUCUGUUGUAUUAGUGAAAUAUUGGAUCAAGCUGAAUUUGCAGACUUUAAAAAACUACAGGAACUCACUUUGAGAUGUACCGAUCACUUAGAAAUUUUAAAAGAAUACUUUCAGUUGCUGCAAGAAGAUAACAUAGAUAAUAUUUUUAUCACACAAGAAAAUGUUUUGGACAUGGUGAAAAACCACAACCAUGGGGCAGUAAUUUUAAAACCUGCGGCCAUUGAAACCUAUAUUGAAAUCGUCAUGCUCUCAGAAACAGUUCACUUUCUUAAAAACUCAAUGGCAAAGAAACUAGACAAACAGAGGUUUCGAGGUAUGCUUUGGUUUGAUUUGUCACUUCUUCCUGAACUGGUUCAGUGCCAAGAAAAAAUGACUUCUUUCUCAUUUCUUAAAGAUGAUUCAACAGAUUGUCUUUGGAAAGUGAUAGAGACUGCUAUUUCUGAACUUAAGAAAGAUCUGGAUAUUAUCUACAAAUAUAAUGAAGCUGUUAAUUGCUCCUAUGCUCUUCAUUUGCUCUCAAGAGAACUUGAAGAACUUUCAGAAAUAAAAAAACUUCUAAAGAAGUCUAAGUAUUCCGUUUCCACAUACAUUGACUUUGUGCCAUGUAUAGCAUCCAUAAAUUACGGAAGCACUGUGACAGAGUUAGAAUACAACUACAAUCAGUUUUCCACCCUGCUCAAAAAUGUAAUGGCUGUCCCUCGGAAGGACUUAGGGAAAAUGGCCCAUAUUACGAAAGUCAUGAAAACUAUUGAACAUAUGAAGAUAAUAUGUGCUAAAGAUGCUAAAUUAACCAUUUCCUUUAUCCUGUGCCAAAUGCGACAUAACAGAAAGAAGACUUUCCACCUGGAGAGAAAGGAAGAAAUGAAUAUUCAUGUAGAACCUAGGAAGAAUAUCAACAAGUCCAGUACUUGUGUGAAGGUGCCCUCAAUUUCAGAGUGCAUAAUGAAAAACGUUUCAAAUUCCUCUAAAAAACGGCCUUUCACUGUAGACAAAUGUGAAGAUCCUCAGGAGCAAGAGGAAUAUACUACCGUUUCCAGUUGUAAAAAACAAAAGGUUAGAAUGAAAGAUGUCACGAAGAUCAACAGAGAAAAGGCAACAUUCAAGCAUCCAAGCAGCAGCAAUGGGAGUUCCAUUACCCAGACAUACCAGGGAAUAACAUCCUAUGAAGUACAGCCACCUCCUUUCGGAACGUUGACUGCAGUUACAAGUACUGUUCAAAAUACACAUUCUAAUCUGUUGUACUCUCAAUAUUUUGGUUACUUUGCUGGGGAACGACAAGCAAAUGACUUUGUGCCAGUGAGUGGACAUUUUCCAUCUCAAAUGCCUGUUUACAAUUUUCAGCAGCCAAUUUUUUCACAGUAUGUUUCCCAUCAACCGGUCGCUGCAUACCCUUGCUCUCCUGAUUUGGGUGUGCUUCCAGAAGUUCCUUGGACUUAACGUUCCAUGGUAUCAAGAACCCUUUCAGCCAGGACAUUGAAGAUAGUUCUUUUGUCUACUGAAAAGAGGUUUACAAGUUUUUCCAAGUAUUUUUUUAUUUUAACAUUUAAAAAUAAAUGUAAAUGUGGUAAAUUAUAAACCUUAUAGCCCUUGAUAAAAUGUUUAGAUGCAAAAGUGUAUCAUAUAAUGCAAUAGGAAAUCAAUUUCUGACAUCUAAAAUACCAAAAUAAUUUCCAUGCGAUUAUUUUAGCGACUCUGUACUAGGCUAUUUUUCAGUACCUACCUAGCCUUCAAAAACAUACUGUGAAAAUUUAUUCACAAUACUGUGAAAUUUAUUUUUUGAAAUGUUGCUAUCACAGCUAUUAAAGUUAUAUAAAGAUUUUCUUUGGGAUUAUUCUAAUGGAAUAAGGAGAGUAAAUGUAACAUUUAAUAUGAUUAAGGGUAAGCAAUAGUAGUAAAAUCUUCAAAACAAGAUUUUUGUCUCUGAUAUUUUUUGAUUCAUUGUUUAUGGUAGUGUUGUGCCAUUUGACUUAGAUUAAAGUAGGAUUUUUUUUUUACUUAGAUUGAUCAUUAAACCAAUAAUUUUAUAAUUCCUGACACUUUAUGUAAUUUACCGUUCUGUGUCUAAUGUGACAAAUUCCUUUAACUUCAAUAUUUUCUAAUUUUUACUUGCAAAAUAUAUUUUAAUAGAGAACUAGGUUUACAUAUUUUCAGUGUUUGUCCUUGAGUAGAGAUUUUUAAAAUAUUUAUGUUUGAAGCAGUUUCAGAUCAUUAUAUUGAAAUUAAAGCACUUUUAACACCUUUUUCCAUAAGGGCCCUUUCCACAAGAUUAUUUCUUUUAUAUUUGUAUUUUACAAUUUAAACGGUUCUUUUAGUGAUUUUAUAGCAAAUAAUAGGGAAUAAUGUCUUUAGCUUAUGCCAUUAGUUUAGUUGUAUCUCAGUAAUUUAAAUAAUGCAGGGCUUCCCUGGUGGUGCAGUGGUUGAGAAUCUGCCUGCCAAUGCAGGGGAUGCGGGUUCGAGCCCUGGUCUGGGGAGAUCCCACAUGCCGCGGAGCGGCUGGGCCUGUGAGCUACAAUUGCUGAGCCUGCGCGUCUGGAGCCUGUGCUCCGCAACAAGAGAGGCCGCGAUGGUGAGAAGCCCGCGCACCGCAAUGAAGCGUGGCCCCCACUUGCCGCAACUAGAGAAAGCCCUUGCACAGAAAUGAAGACCCAACACAGCCAUGAAUAGAUAAAUAAAUAAAUAAUAAAUUAAAAUUUAAAAAAAAGAAUAAUAAUAAUGCAGCACAAAUACAAGUUUUUUAAUGCUGUGAUCAUAGAUUUUUUUUUUUCCUUUUCAACAUUCCACGAGGGCUUCCCUGGUGGCGCAGUGGUUGAGAAUCUGCCUGCCAAUGCAGGGGACACGGGUUCGAGCCCUGGUCUGGGAAGAUCCCACAUGCCACGGAGCAACUGGGCCCGUGAGCCACAAUUACUGAGCCUGUGCGUCUGGAGCCUGUGCUCCGCAACAAGAGAGGCCGCGAUGGUGAGAGGCCCGCGCACUGCGAUGAAGAGUGGUCCCCACUUGCCUCAACUGGAGAAAGCCCUCGCACAGAAACGAAGACUCAACACAGUCAUAAAUAAAUAAAUAAAAGAACGUGAAUUUCUUUAAAAAAAAAAAAAAAACAUUCCACGAAAGUAAGAAGUGUCAGUAAUAAUCAUCAUUAAACAACAGGGCUGUAGUGUGUAACCGUGGUCUUCAGCAACCUCUCUGCCCACCAGCAGCCAUUCCUGGUUUCUGUAAGAUCCAAGUCAGAAAGAUCCCUCACAACUGGAUAGAUUCUCAAGUGCUAGUGGGCCCUAAAAUGUGAUAAGAGAUUUGCAUUGGCUAAAUCUAAACAGCUAGGUAGCAAAGCUUCAGUGUUUUCGCAGCCUUUUUGUGUUAGCAAACUUUUUAUGUUAUCUAGUACAGGCAUCCAAAGAGUGUGAUUCAGCCGCAUUUAUUAUAGAGUAGCUAAUUUUUCAAUUUAGAAAAACACUAAGAUCCCCCAGGAUAAGCCUCAUUAAUCACAUUAACCAAAUAGGAUGGAGUCCAGAGUACUUUAGGGUUCUUCUCUAACAAACAGAUCUUAAAAGGGGAAAGUCAAGCAAAGAACUGCAACUGAACAAAACAGGAAUUAGAAAAAAUACUACAGAAUUAAAGCAAUAUCAAAAUAACAUUUUUUUGUACAGAUAGUUGUUUUAUUUGGAAAUAUUCUGUAAAAAUCAGAACUCCUGAACAGGUAUUAAAGCAGUAAUAUCAACUGUUAUUCAAAGAAUGACUUUGCCUCAGCCGUUUGUUUUAUGUUUGGUUAUGGAAAGAUGUUACAGGUUUAGUAUUAACAAUGUUUCUAUUAGGUAAACCGAAAGUUAAAUAUUCUAACUAAGGAUGCUUUCUUUAAACAACUUGCAGAUUCUGUUGAUAUUGUCUUUGUGAUGUUUUUAUUUCGUGAGUUUUAUUUUCUUGAAAGAAAGAUAAUGAAAAAAAAGCCUUGUAAAUAUUUAGUUACAUUUUAAAAUCUGCACUUUGA